AACUGACACCGGACUCGUUUACUGCCUUCCUCUAACCUUUAGUUUCAGGUUAAGCUUGCCUUCCAGUGACUCUAAUGACAGAGAAGCUGCAAAUGGAUAUGAGUGAAGUUCUUACAUGUCAAAACCUGGCACAGAAACAUUUUUGUUUGUUUUUUAUGUAUAAAAGGUGGAAAGAGCAAAUCAAAGGCUAUUCUUUAAUAGCCAAAUGUAAUUAAAAUGCAUGGUCAGAUUUACAUUUUAGUACCUUAGAGGCAUUGAUAUCACCUGUUUCUGAAAUGAGAUUGCUGAUUCAAAAAAAGAAACCCAAAUCUCAAUAUAUAGAAAAUUCUCUUACCCGCCUCUUCUUUUUUUUUAAUUCUGAUGUUAUGAUAUCAUUUAUAGGGUAAGAUGGAAAUGUAUCUCUUGUGGAAACUGUAAACAUACUUAAGAUUCUAUCACUUAGGGAGCUUCAGACAGAAGGAUUUUCUUUCCCCUAUAAUCAAGUAUUUAGCAAAGACAACAUGAAGCUCCUUGGACUGUGCUCAGUCGUACAAUCCAACCCUCCCAUACCUUUUUUCUUUUUCUCCUAGAGUAGUUUAGUUGCUUACCUACAGUGAUUCAAAAGUGAGACACUUUGGUUUAUCAUCAAUAUUCUGGUUUCAUCUUUGAUGGGGCUGGUUAUGUGGGGACUGAGCUAUUUCGACAUGCCUUUUGAGCUUUGUCCCUCCGUCAAGGAGCUUGAGAAGUGGAGAUGAGGGACCUCAGAGGUGAUUUCUCCGACCUACCAGCUUAGGAUUCAGAACAGCUAGAUUUCUUUUCAGAGGCUGGAGGCCCAGAUGCACAACCGUGAGAGCCAGGGGGCUGGGUGGCCCGUGGUCACUGCAGCUUGAUUCUCCGAUCCAGCUUUUCCCUUCCUUUCCCUGCCCCAUCCCCAAAGCGCCAGUGAUAGAAUCGUUGAGGUUGGUGACGUGUUGAGGGCUGUCGGCAUAUUCCUUACUUAGAAGUCUUACUCUGAAUGCAUGUGUAAGAAAAUUAUAGAGAGGGUAGAAUCGUGAUUCUCUAUGUCAACAAAAAGUGGUUAUCAGUUAAAAAAAUAAGCACUAGAUUGAAAGUGGCAAUAACUGGAUUCUGCCGUCUCCCUUGACCUUGAAAAAGAUCUAUAACUCGUCUGCAUGUUUCUUCGGUGGACCUGGGGUAAUAUGUGUUUCCUAGAGCUUCUGUGUGGUUGAGAUAACCUGCGGGAAGUGUUUUGAACUCCUAAAGGAAUGAUGUCAAGGAGACAAAAGGCAAUGACUGUUAUUACCACAAAGACAGGGAGGAGGUAAAGACAGAUCUGCAUUUUCUUCCUUAAUCUUCUCGUCUUUCCAGAUGCUUGUGGGUCCUUUUGAGUCCCCUACCCCUCUGUCCCUCAGGUUGGAGUGGUGGUGGGGUUCCAUGCUUGGGUGCAGGAAGAAUACCUUCUACCCCUUGACACUGUAUUCGUCAGGAAGGCCUGUGUAGGCACCACCCUUUGGGUCAGCAUUGAGUGGGACCCCCACCGCGCUGUGCUGGGAGAGCACGGGAUCUGCAGAUAGAAGAAGGCAUCUCUCUGCAAGCUGAGGACAGGCAGCCAUGGAAGGUGUACUCCUUCCUGGCUUGCCUACUCCUCCUUCACCCAGCCCACCGCCUGGUACCCAGGCUCCUCUGGUCACCUGCCAUGACACAGGAAAGUGAAUCCAAAGAGGCUGGUGCUUCCUACCUGCCUCGAGUGGGGCCGGCUGGGAACACCUUUCUGAGCAGCCCAGCAGUGUGAGCAUACUUGUUCACGCUGCCAUCAGCCAUGUCCUUCAGUGCCACCAUCCUCUUCUCCCCUCCCGGUGGCAGCGAGGCCAGAUGCUGCUGCUGUGCUUGCAAGAGCGAGACUAGCGCGAGCAGCUCAGGGUCCCAAGGCGGGAACCCUCCCGCCAGCACCCCCAUCACGGUGACUGGACACGGUCUGGCCGUUCAGAGUUCCGAGCAGCUCCUGCACAUUAUCUACCAGCGGGUGGAGAAGGCCGUGGGCCUGGCCGAGGCCGCUCUGGGGCUCGCGAGGGCCAACAACGAAUUGCUGAAACGUCUCCAGGAGGAGGUGGGUGAGCUGAGGCAAGGGAAAGCCUCUGCCCCAGACGAGGAUGCGGACAGCCGGGCGCACGGCUCCCCGCCCGAGGAGCCGGGGCCUCUCAAGGAGAGCCCCGGGGAGGCGUGCAAGGCGGCGGCCGCGGCGGAAGAGGAGUGUGACAGCGUGGGCAGCGGCAUGCAAGUGGUGAUCGAGGAGCUGUGGCAGGUGGGAGCCGCCUCGGCCGUGGGGCCCGGGCCCUUGGGCUUCCCGGCCGCGCAGAGAGACGCGCGGCUCCCGGGGUGCCCCCUGGCGGCCGGCGACGCGGCCCCGCUGCUCAAUCCCCUGGUGGAUGAUUAUGUGGCCUCUGAGGGUGCAGUACAGCGGGUGCUGGUCCCUGCUUAUGCCAAGCAGCUCUCACCAGCCACACAACUGGCUAUCCAGCGGGCAACCUCAGAGACAGGGCCAGAAAAUGGAAGCAAGCUGCCACCACCCGGCCCCGAGGACAUGCUCAGUGCUGCUGCUGCGCUGGAAGGUGCCUUGGAAGAGUCAGGCCCUGGGGGAACAGGGGAGCUGAGACACUCUCUAGGGUUUACUGCUUCCCCAUGCAGGACCAGAGGGAGUGGGCAGAAGAACUCCAGGCGCAAGCGGGAUCUGGUACUCUCUAAAUUGGUCCACAAUGUGCAUAACCACAUCACCAAUGACAAGAGAUUCAAUGGGUCUGAAAGCAUCAAGUCCUCUUGGAAUAUUUCAGUAGUGAAGUUCCUUCUGGAAAAGCUCAAGCAGGAGCUGGUGACCAGUCCCCACAAUUACACUGAUAAGGAACUGAAAGGAGCCUGUGUAGCCUACUUCCUUACUAAGAGGCGUGAGUACCGCAACUCCCUGAACCCCUUUAAAGGCCUGAAGGAAAAAGAGGAGAAGAAGCUUCGAAGUCGCAGAUACCGGCUUUUUGCCAACCGAUCCAGCAUCAUGAGGCAUUUUGGACCUGAGGACCAACGCCUAUGGAAGGAUGUGACAGAGGAGCUGAUGUCAGAUGAAGAGGACAGUCUUAAUGAGCCAGACCGAUUACCUUCUGCUGAGGCCCAGCUCCUUCCACCAGAACUUUAUAAUCCUCAUUUCCAAGAAGAGGAAGAAGAGGGAGGUGAUGAGAAUGGACCUGUCUCCCCAUCUUUCGACCAACCCCACAAAACCUGCUGUCCUGACUUGAACUCAUUCAUUGAAAUCAAGGUGGAAAAGGAUGAAUGAAAUCUAUAACCAAGAAUAACUCUGGAUUCUGCCAUUCCCCAUGUCCCAGGAAUGGGACUUCCCAGAAUAACAAGAUGUCCUCUGCAGUCUGUCUCUCUUCUCACCACAGUCCCCAAUGGAAGUGAAGCUGGCAGCUGUAGUGGGAUAAAAAGACUUACCUAGAAGGGGGACCUCCCUGCUCCCUGUGAACGGCAAGCCAGAAAUUCUUAUUUCUAAGCACACACAGUGCCUCGGGGUGCCUGGGCUGAGAAAAGGAGGAGGAUGAGUCUAAGAAACAUGAGGCCUUCUUGACAUAUGCCCCAUCUCGGAGUUUUUUUGUUUUUUUGUUUUUUUCUGGUUUCACUGAAAUCUCGGGGAAGCUACCCUGGUUGCACAUUCUGCUUCCCCCUGACUGCUUGUCUGGCUCUGCGGUGGCUGCAGCCUUGGACCAGGCCGGGGUCCUACUGCCCCCUGGUGGGCAGUUCCGUCAUGGGCUGGAGUCUUCUGAGCACCACUCCAUUCCUAUUUGGGAAUUGGGAGACUAAUAUAAUAGCUGCUGUUUAUUGAAUUAUGUAAGGCAGAUU